AUGCUAUCAUUCGUUUUUAUUCUAUUGUUGUAUUUUUCUUCAUUAGUUUUCCUGUCUUUCUCACCUUCACUCACUCACUCACUCACUCACUCACUCACUCACUCACUCACUCACUCACUCACUCACUCGUCAUGCACACACACUCCCAGAUGGACUCACUUAAAUAUCCUAUGUCCCCAGCUUUCCUUCACUUAUUUAUUCGUUUCCUUGUCUUGCUCGCUUUCAUUCAUUUACUCAUCAUUCAUUUUUCUCUUUCCUUCAUUCAUUUUUUUUGUAUUUUUCAUUAGUUUUCCUGUCUUUCUCGCCUUCCUUCACUCACUCACUCACUCACUCACUCACCCAUUUAUUCAUUCGCUCACUCACUCACUCACUCACUCGCUCAUUCAUUCACAGAUGGACUCCCUUAAAUAUCCUAUGUACUUAGCGUUCAUUCCCUUAUUCAUUCGUUUCCUUGCCUUUCUCACAUUCAUUCAUUUACUAAUUCAGUCUUCAUUAUUCACUUUCUUUCUUUCAUUUUUACUCUUUUAUUUCAUUCUCUUAUUUAUUCGUUUCCUUGUCUUUCUCGCUUUCAUUCAUUCACUCCCUGGUUCAUUCAUUCACUCGUUCAGAUAUUUUAUAACUUUCAUUAUAUUAUUCAUUCGUUUUCCUCGCUUUCAUUCAAUUAUUCAUUCAUUUAUUCGGGUUCCCCCGUUUUAUCAUUACUCUUCUUUCUUUCUCCCUACCCACAUGUUCUUACUCAUCUUUUCUGUCCUUUUCUAUUUCUUUAAAUGCUGUCUUUCUACAAAUCUUCUAACUUGUUUCUCUUUCCAUUUUCCUUUCUACCUCUCUUCAUUUAUCUGUCAUCUAUUUACAUUUAUUUCACCUUCGAAGAAUCCAUUUAUUUUAUUCAAUAUCCUAUCUUAUUCUCCCAAGCCUUUCCUAUUUGCAAGUAUUUUUCUUUUCUUUCUUCCCCUAAACUAG